CCGACACCCCCUACCCCUAGUCCACAUUUCUCAAUCAGUGCUCCAAACCCAAUCCAGCUGCCUGGAAAGAAUCCCGGAUGAACGCCUCGGAGGCGGGAGCCGCUAGGAGUUGUAGUUUUUUUGUCCAGAGCGACACCGCCGACGCCUGGGCAGGGGUUGGGCCAGAGACUACAAGUCCCAGGGGGCGCUCGCGGGGCCUUGGCGAGGCGGCGGGUAUGAAAGAGGAAUCCGCCCGGUGUAUGAGAGUCUACCUAGACGAAAAGCUCAGGCUGCUCUUGUUCCAGAACUGAGAUGCCCAGCUUGCCUGCUAUUUCAGUGCUGCGGUGGCCUCUGCUAAGUAAAACGUCCGCAUAGAGGUCUCCCUGUCAGCCCCCCAGCAUGACCCUGCAGUGUCUCGUGCUCUUGGCUGGCCUCCUGAUGGGAGGCAUGAGCAAGUCCACAGAAAGCAAGGCCCCACAGCCUGAGUGCUGUAUGGAUAUGGUAGACUUCAAUGCUACUUGCCCAGGCACAGGCCUAUGUGGCCCAGGUUGCUACAGGCACUGGAAUGCAGAUGGGAGUGCUAGCUGUGUCCGGUGCUGGAACGGGACCCUCCCGAAAUACAAUGACUCUGAGUGCAGAAUUCUUACUGGCCGGGGCAUGCAGUUUCCUAUGAACAGGAGCUCAGGGACACCUGGACAGCCACAUUUUGGGGGUCCUCAUGUGGCAGCCUCCCUCUUCCUGGGGACACUCUUCAUCAGCACAGGCCUCAUCCUCUCUGUGGCUGGGUUCUUCUACCUCAAGCGCUCCAGUAAACUUCCCAAGGUUUUCUACAGGAGAGACAGAGCCCCUGUACUGCAGCCUGGUGAAACAGCUGCGAUGGUCCCCCUGCCACAGUCUUCAGUGAGGAAGCCAAGAUACAUCAGGCGUGAGCAGCACCCGGACAAGAACAGGAAUCCUUCUGCCUUCUCCACAGUAGAGGCCCACAUCAGCAACGUCUGACCUAGAGGGCAU